GCCGCAGAAAGGUUUUUGAUUAACAAGGGAUUUCUAUCUAGCAGAGAUGGAAAAAAUGUGACCAGUUCAGUUCUUAGCUGCAGAGAGGAACCAAUUUGUGAUUCCAACGCCGCUUGCUCAGAGAAUCAACAAAAUUGUGUUUGCAACAAAGGUUUCCAAGGGGACGGCUUGUCGUGUGCUGAUAUAGAUGAGUGUAUCACUGAGACUCACAAUUGUAGUAAGCAUGCAAUUUGCACCAAUUUGUUUGGCUCGCACAAUUGUAGCUGUCUGACAGGAUUCCACGGAGACGGCUGGUCUUGCAAAGACGUCAAUGAGUGCAAGACCAGUUCGACGAACUGUAGCGAUCGAGCAUUUUGCAAUAACACAGUUGGCUCUUAUAAUUGCUUAUGUCUCGAGGGAUUCCAAGGAGAUGGAAUGUCAUGUCAGGACAUCGACGAGUGUAGUGCCAACAUUCAUAGUUGCAGGGCUUAUGCAUACUGCAGCAACACCGUUGGCUCGCACGAUUGCAUUUGUCUUUCUGGAUUCCGAGGAGGUGGACGAUCAUGCAUUGACGUUGAUGAGUGUAACACAAAUAUGCACAAUUGCAGUGAUCACGAGUUGUGCAUUAAUACUGUUGGCUCGUAUAACUGCACAUGUCGCCCAGGAUUCCGACGAGAUGGACGAUCAUGCCUUGAUGUUAAUGAGUGUAACACAAAUAUGAACAAUUGCAGUGUUCACGAGUUAUGCAUGAACACUGUUGGCUCGUAUAAUUGCACUUGUCGCCCAGGAUUUGAGACCAAUGAGUAUGCGUGCCACGAUGCCAAUGAGUGCGAUGACGGGACUCACAAGUGUGAUAAGAAUGCAGUAUGCACGAAUACCUUUGGGUCUUACAAAUGAAACUGCAAUUCCGGGUUUUCUGGCAAUGGGCUAGAGU